ACGCAGAAGGAUUUUGUAUGAUGUGUACAAUGCAAGCGCAUAUUACCCAGGCACUCAGUAAUCCUGGUGAUGUUAUUAAACCAAUGUUUGUCAUCAAUGAGAUGCGGCGUAUAGCUAGGCACUUCCGUUUUGGAAACCAAGAGGAUGCCCACGAAUUCCUUCAAUACACAGUUGAUGCUAUGCAAAAAGCAUGCUUAAAUGGCAGCAAUAAAUUAGACAGACAUACCCAGGCUACCACACUCGUUUGUCAGAUAUUUGGAGGAUACCUAAGAUCUAGAGUCAAAUGUUUAAAUUGCAAGGGCGUUUCAGAUACUUUUGAUCCGUAUCUUGAUAUAACGUUGGAGAUAAAGGCUGCUCAGAGUGUUAAUAAGGCGUUGGAGCAGUUUGUGAAGCCAGAACAGCUGGAUGGAGAAAACUCAUACAAGUGCAGCAAGUGUAAAAAGAUGGUUCCAGCUUCAAAGAGGUUCACCAUACAUAGAUCUUCUAAUGUUCUUACACUUUCUCUGAAACGUUUUGCAAAUUUUACUGGUGGAAAAAUUGCUAAGGAUGUGAAAUAUCCUGAGUAUCUUGAUAUCCGGCCAUACAUGUCUCAGCCAAACGGAGAACCAAUUAUUUAUGUUUUGUAUGCAGUACUGGUACACACUGGUUUCAAUUGCCAUGCUGGCCAUUACUUCUGCUAUAUAAAAGCCAGCAAUGGCCUCUGGUAUCAAAUGAAUGACUCCAUUGUAUCUACCAGUGACAUUAGAUCGGUACUCAGUCAACAAGCUUAUGUGCUGUUUUAUAUCAGGUCCCAUGAUGUGAAGAAUGGAGGUGAACUUACUCAUUCCACCCAUAGCCCUGGCCAGUCCUCUCCUCGCCCGGUAAUCAAUCAGCGCGUUGUCACCAACAAACAGGCCGCAUCUGGGUUUAUUGGACCACAGCUUCCUUCUCACAUGAUAAAGAAUCCACCUCACUUAAACGGGACCGGACCACUGAAAGACACGCCAAGCAGUUCCAUGUCGAGUCCUAAUGGAAAUUCCAACGUCAACAGGGCUAGUCCUGUUAAUGCUUCAACUUCUAUUCAAAACUGGUCAGUUAACAGGUCCUCAGUUAUUCCAGAACAUCCUAAGAAACAAAAAAUCACGAUCAGUAUUCACAACAAGUUGCCUGUUCGCCAAGGUCAGUCUCAGCCUAAUCUUCAUAGCAAUUCUUUGGAGAACCUUAACAAGCCUGUUCCCUCUUCUACCAUUACCAAUUCUUCUGCAAUACAGUCUACCUCGAAUGCAUCUAUGAUGUCAGUUUCUAGUAAAGUAACAAAACCAACAAAUGAAUCCUGUCCCAAGCCAGUGAUGAAUGGCAAAUCCAAGCUGAACUCAAGUGUGUUGGUUCCCUACGGCGCCGAGUCAUCUGAAGAGUCUGACGAGGAGUCCAAGGGACUAGUCAAGGAGAAUGGCAUUGGUACGAUCGAGAGUUCUCUUUCUUCCAGCCAUGAUGCUGAAGAUGAUGAGGCCUCUCAGCAUGAGCUUCAAGAGCCUGUUACUCUAAAUGGUGCUACUGGUACAGACAGUGACCCGAAAGAGAAUGGUCUGCCAUUUGAUGCUGCCAGCUGCCAAGUCCAGCCUGCUCUACACUCAGAAAACCCUUUUUGUAAGGCAAAUGGUCUCCCUGGAAAGUUGAUGCCUGUUCCUUUGCCAUCUCUCCCAGAAGACAAAAUCUUAGAGACCUUCAAACUUAGCAACAAAGUGAAAGGCUCAACAGAUGAAACAAGUCCAACUGGAACAGAGAAGAAUCCUCCAGAGGAUCAUGAUGCAGAACUCGAGGCUAGCAGCGCCCCUGCCGACUCCCACGAGAAACCGGAGACAGUCACAAGUCUUGGCAGCAAAUUAAAGAAGAGUUUGCUGCCCUUGGACCCCAGCAUCAAAUCUACCAAAGAAGAAGUCUCUGAAAACAUUUUAGCAAACCCUGAUGACUCUUUGCCCAGUAUCAACAAUCUUUGUAACACCAACAAGAAUUCCAUAGAGAAUGAUCAGCUUUCUAAACUAUAUGAUCCUGGGAAUCUAAUAAACGAUCUGAGCAAACCAUCCCAAGAUGGAAAAGGGGCAUUAAAUGAGAGUCCACAGGCCUCUGCAUUAGCAGAAACAGUGGAGAAGUUGAGCCCAACUCCCUCAGUACAUUCAGAAGAUGGAUGUGAACAUAAACUUUUAGUUUACCUCAGUAGAGACUGCUGCAAGGACACGGAGGAACUUUCCAAAAGUACCAGCAUGUCUGCAAAUGAGCUGCCCUGUCCUCAACUAGACAGGACCACAGUAAAUCAUACAGAAGCGGUCACUGAGCAAAGUCAUGGGGAGAGGUAUGAUAGUAAGGUGGGACAAAAAGUUCAGGAUCAUUCUCCAGUUAAGGAAAAAAUCAGUAGCCUCAGAAAAGUUGAUCGUGGACACUAUCGUAAUCGAAGAGAUCGUUCCUCCAGUGGAGAGAAUGCAAGGGACAGUAGGAGCAAAACUGAGGACCAUUAUCACAAGAAGCGGCGCCUCUGUGUCAGAGAGCGGUCCAAGCAGGACCGCCACAUGGCAGAGCACUGCAGCGGGAACCAGCAGCACCCAUGUCACAGUGAGGGAGUCGGCCCCAGUGAGCACCGCUCUCUGGGCAGGUACAGCCACCACCACUCUCGAAAUAGAAGUGGGUUGGACCAGGACUGGAGCAGAUACCACCAUUCAGAAAGUGAACAUGCCUGGGGUCGGGACAAAUACUACCUGGACAAAAUGAGAUGGGACAAAUGCAGGUAUUACCAUGACAGGUAUGCUCCUUACGCAGCGAGGGAAGCCAGGGAGUGGAAGCCUUUCCACAGCGGCCGGGAGCACGACCGAGCAGGGCAGUACGGUAACCGGCCAUACAAGGACUACUACAGAAGCAGGAAGGGCUAUGAGUUGGUGGCUAAAGAGAAGGAUCGGCACCAUUUCAACAGUCCUCGAGCUGGCCCAUCCCGUUCCUUUCCUCUGUACCCUGAGAAGUGCUCCCAUGAGAAAAUUGCACUUGCGGCUGAAGACAACAGUUGCAACCUCUCUGAUCGGUUUCAUGAACAUGAAAAUGUAAAGUCACGGAAAUGGAAAUAUGAUAGUAUAGAAAAUAAUGACUGUCAUGUAGAAAAGAAAGCCCAGAGAAGCUUACAAAAGGAUCCUUUAGAAGAGCCUAAAGCGAAGAAGCACAAAAAAUCAAAGAAGAAAAAGAAAUCCAAAGACAAACACCGAGAUCGAGAUUCCAGGCAUCAGCAGGAUUCAGAUCUUUCAGUAGUGUAUUCUGAUGCUGACCUCCACAGACACAAAAAGAAGAAGAAGAAAAAGAAGAGACAUUCGAGGAAGUCAGAGGACUUUGUUAAAUAUUCAGAACUACACUUACCUAAGGCCGCUGGCUAUGAGACUGCUGACCAUUUCCGGAGAACUGAGGGCAGUUUUCUUCUCACUGAUGGCCUGCCUCUGGAAGGUGUUGGACCUUUCCGUGAGAAAACAAAACAUUUAAGGAUGGAAAGCAGGGAUGACAGGUGUCAUCUGUCUGAGUAUGGCCAGGGUGAUUGAAAACUCGGCCUCAAAACAAAAAUUCACUAGUUAUGAUUCAACGCGUUCAACAGAAGCCAUCCCCAACCCAGCUUAAAUUAUAAAUAUAGAAAAUAACUUUGUUCCAAUCUGCGUGGUGCUUCUUUAGUAAAUACUGUACAGAUUUUACCAUGGAGAACUUUUUUUUUUUAGUUUUUACCUUUUCUUAAUUACCCUUAUUCCAAAUGGAUGAACACUUUCUACAACUGCUGACCAUUGUAAAAUACCAUGUAUAUAAAUCACAUUGAAAAUAAUGCCCUGGAAUAGAACAUCUCAAAUGCUGCUUAAUUACAGACUCAGGUUGAUUACUUGUAUUUCAUGUAAUGUUCCUCCAAGUUAGACAUCUGGUGCAAGACCAACCGGGAAACCAUGGAAUUAUUAAAAGUACAAACUGACAGUGUGUAUAUUUAAUUUAAAGACUUAUUUAAAGAUUCCCAAGCUCUCAACUAGACUUCCGAGAGCAGUCUGUUUUCUGUAACGUCUGAUACUAGAAACUAAUUUGCUUCAUAUUUAGUUGUAUUCAAGAUUUGAAGAUGUAUUUUAUAGACAAGUUCUGUUUUUGAACUUUGUGGAGCUAUUCCAAUCAAGUUACCAGUUAUGAUGAGUAUUUACAUUAUGAAUGUAUAAUCCAAACAUUAUUUGUAAAGCCUCCAGUAUGUUUUUAUUAUAUAACACUUUUUUAUACAGUGUCUUGUCUUGACUAUAUGAUAUUGGAGUCUGAGUUGUCAGCUUGGUCCCUUAAAGUUUCUAGUUACAGACAAAAUCAUACUGUGAUUUUAUUUUUAAUAUGGAUAUGCUAUCAAACUGUGAUACACUUAUAAUUCACUGGUCCUGCAUCAGGAGAUGGAGUGGGGAAAACUGUAUUUAAUACAGUUUGUAUCUGAAUAAUCUGUAUGGUUUAUACAGUUUGUGUUGUUCAGAGAUGUCUAAAGUUUGAUCUUUGUUUUUUUAAAGAUUAAAAAAGCACUUGCCCCACUGUAAAUAUACAGCAUGUAAAAUUUAUAUAGUAUAUAAAUGGCAGCAAAUUAAACAUUUUGCGUCUUA